AUUGGUAUUAAAAAUAUAACAAAUUAAUAAAUGUUCAAUUUUAUAGGUUCAAGAAGUUUACAGUGCAAUAGCGAAGGAAAAUGUCAGUGCAAACCUGGUGUAACGGGUGACAAGUGCGAUCGUUGUGGAGCGAAUUAUUAUAACUUUGGUUCAUACGGUUGUAUUUCGUGCGAAUGUAAUCCAGCCGGUUCCCUCACGAAUGCACCAAACUGCGAUCCCAUUAGUGGUGUUUGCAUCUGUAAAGAAAAUGUCGAAGGGAAGCGAUGUCGAGUAUGUAAACCAGGAUUUUUUAAUCUUGCAAUGGAUAAUGAAUUCGGUUGUACACCGUGCUUCUGUUACGGUCAUUCCUCAGUAUGCAGGCCGGCGACCGGCUAUUCUAAAGUUGUAAUUGAGAGUAUGUUUGUGAGAGGAGCUGAGCGAUGGAGAGCUACUGUAGCUGGUAACUCGAUACCACUUCAUUACGAUCCUCUUACUCAAACGAUAUAUGCCACGGCACUGGAUCGAGAUAAUGUUUAUUUUAUUGCACCCGAUAGAUUCCUUGGUGAUCAACGCGCAUCUUAUAACCAAGACUUAUCAUUUACACUAAGAAUUGGUGAAGCUGGUCCAGCACCCACUAUUCGUGAUAUAAUACUCGAGGGAGCAAACGGAGAACAAAUCACACAACCGAUUUUCGGGCAAAAUAAUUAUUUACCUUCAGUAACACCGCAUGAAUAUCGUUUCAAAUUGCACGAACAUCCUAGCUACGGUUGGGAACCUCGCCUUUCUUCUCGAGCAUUUAUGUCCAUUUUGUCAAACUUAACAGCUAUUAAAAUUCGUGGCACUUAUACGCAUCAAGGUCGAGGAUUCUUAGACGAUGUUAAGUUGGAGACAGCUCUUCGUGGUGCUGCGGGUGAAACUGCUGAUUGGGUGGAACAUUGCCAAUGUCCCCACGGUUAUGUAGGCCAAUUUUGUGAAUCUUGUGCACCUGGAUUCCAUCAUGAUCCGCCGAACGGUGGUCCUUUUGCACUUUGCGUCCCUUGUAAUUGCAACAAUCAUGCAGAUAUUUGUGAAGCUGAAACUGGACAAUGUAUUUGCGAACAUAAUACGGCCGGUAGUAAUUGUGAAUUGUGUAAACGUGGAUAUUACGGUCACCCAUUAAAGGGUACAUCCGAUGAUUGUAAACCAUGUCCCUGUCCUGACAAUGGACCUUGUAUAUUGCUUGGCAAUAAUCCAGAUCCAAUUUGUUCCGAAUGUCCACUGGGUAGAACAGGACCUAGAUGUGAAACAUGUUCGGAUGGCUAUUUUGGAAAUCCUGAAAAGGGUAUAGCCUGCAGGUCUUGCGAUUGUAACAAUAAUAUUGACUUAAACGCUGUAAGAAAUUGCAAUCACGAAACUGGUGAAUGUUUGAAGUGUGUAAAUAAUACUGCUGGUUUUCAUUGCGAAGAAUGCCUUUCAGGUUAUUACGGAGACGCAUUGUCUGAUCGUAAAGAAGAUGGAUGUAAAUUAUGUCAGUGUUUCCCGCCAGGCACAAUUGAACUAAACGAUGGUAGAGUAGCACCUUGUGAACAAUUAACAGGACAUUGUACUUGCAAGCCUCACGUAAUCGGUCGAAAUUGUGAUAAAUGUGAAGAAGGAUAUUAUCAUAUACUUAGUGGAGAGGGAUGCGUGCCUUGCAAUUGUGAUGCUGAAGGAUCCUACAAUCGUACUUGCAAUCCCGUUACUGGUCAAUGUGAAUGCAGGCCUGGUAUUACUGGACAACAUUGUGAUGCAUGUGUUUCUUAUCAAUACGGAUUCAGCAGGGAAGGUUGCAAGCCUUGUGAUUGUGAUAAUAUCGGUUCUCAAGACUUGCAGUGUGACGCUAGUGGACAAUGUCCAUGUUUCCCCAAUGUAGAAGGAAGACGCUGUGAUCGUUGCAAAGAAAACAAACAUAAUAGACAAAAUGGAUGCGUCGAUUGUCCCGAUUGUUAUAAUCUUGUUCAAGCUGCGGCUAAUAAUCAUAGGGAACGUUUAGCAGAGUUAGAAAAUACACUUAAAAAAAUUAACAGCAGCCCGACAGUUAUAAAAGAUUCGGACUUCGAGAAAGAAUUGAAAAUCGUACAAGAUAAAGUAAAAAAUCUUUUACAAAUUGCUAAACAAGGCUCCGGUAGCGAAAAUAAAACCUUGGUGGAACAACUUGAUGAAUUACGUAAUCAGCUGAAUGAAAUUGAAGAUAUUGCACAAACUGUAAAUUUGACUGCUUUCGACGCAUAUAAAACUACUUCAGAGGGUUUGAUGAAUAUUGACAAGGCAGAAAAAGUGCUGGAUAAGAUACACGCUCAAUUAACUGAUACAGAAGAUUAUUUAGCCACAGACGGAGCAACUGCAUUGUCAAAAGCUAAAUCACGUGCAGAUCAAGUUGGCCAACAGAAUAUACAAAUGACUUCAAUCGCGCAGGACGCACGUCUGUUAGCUGAAUUAAAUGUUAAUGAAGCAAAAAAAAUUCAUGCGCUAGCAGAACAAGCUCGAAAUACAACAAUAGAAGCUUAUAGUCUUGCAAAAAAAGCUAUAGCAAAAUAUUCUAACAUGACUGAUGAUAUUAGAGGAUUAGAAAAUAAAUUGGAGUUGUUAGAGCAUCGCAUGAACGAAGUGAAAAAUCUUACCAGCAUAGCAGCCACUAAAUCAACCGCUGUUUCACAAGAAGCAAUAGAUUUACUGAUUCUCGAUUUAGCACUUCCACCUGUUGACAUUGAACAAUUGAAAAAUCAAGUUGAAGACGUAAACAAUGAGGGAUUACGAUUAAAAGAACAAGCACAAUUGCUGUUAGAUGAAAAUGAAAAUUUUAUAAAUGAAAUAGUAGAAAAAGUAAAAAAGAGCGACGAGUUAAUAGAACGAGCACAAGAUCAACAAGCGGCUACUGCUGAACUUUUAGCCGAACUGGAUAAAGCAAAUGAAAAAGUGGAUGAUGCUGUCAAACGAGGAGAUCAGACUUUAAAAGAAGCUCAGGAAACAUUACAGAAAUUAAGCGAAUUUAAUGCUGAAGUAGAGAGAGAACGUGUAAAAGCUCAAGAUGCUCUAAAGAACAUAAAAGACAUUGAGUCAUUAAUUAUGAAUGCCACAGAGAAAGCUUUACAAGCUGAAAAUAUAUUAAAUGGUUCUGAAGAUAAAGCCGAACGUGCACGUAAGAUAGCGCAAGAUGCUCAGGCAUAUGCGGAAAAGGCUAGUGCGAAAGCGAACACUAUUAGAACUGAAGCAAAUAAAACUAAAAUAAUAGCGCUUCGUGUAGGAAAUGAAGCUGAAAAAUUACAUCAAAGAGUUGAUAUCACAGAUUCUAUGAUGAGGGAAUACGAAAGUCAAAGUAGUCAGGAUACUAACAUUACAAAUGAAGCGAAUCAUAAAGUUGGUUUAGCUAAAAGUAACGUAACAUUAGCGUCACAGCAAGUCGAUAAAGCUCUGGAUGAAGUAGCUAAAAUAAUAAAAGAACUUGAAAAUUUACCGGAAAUUGAUGAUUCUUAUUUAAAUCCAUUAGAAGAACGUUUAGCUGCAGUUGAAAAAGAAAUUAUAGCUGCAAAUCUAGAUCAAAGAAUUCGUAAUUUAACGGAUGCAAAAAAUUUACAAACACAGUGGGUAAAGAAUUAUGAAGAUGAAGUCAGUAGAUUAAGAAUGGAGGUUGAUAACAUUGAUGACAUAAGAAAAGUUUUGCCUACUUUUUGUAAUAAACGUCUACGGCUCGAACCCUAAACUCUAUUAAAAGUUAAGUACGAUCAUUUCAUUUCAUAGCGCUAGAAGUGCCUUAUAUGCAUUGAAAAAAAAUAAGAAAUGCAUAAACAUAUGUUCGAAAUAAUAACUGGAAAAUUAAUUAUAUAUCUAAAUCCAAAAUAUAUAUUGUAUGUUAUAAGAAUUAUGAAGUAUAUUUUGAUCAUCAACUUAUAGUAAAACUAAAUAUGUUAUACUAUACGAGCAGGAUUAUCUGUAUAUUUACACUUAAAUCAUUUUAUUUAACAUAUCAUUUGUAAUAUGAUCUUGCAUUUUUUCUUGAUUAAUGUUAUAUGUACAAGCGACUAAAGUAAUGGUCAUACCAAAGAUUUUAUAUAGUAGACAUGUCUUCCCGCUAUCAUUACCAGACCACUUGCAUUAUUCAAUUUAUUCAACAUUUUUGUAAUACAACUUAUUUGUACGUAUGUACAAACAUGUAUAUAGUAUCUAUAUACAGUCAUUUUAUUGUAAUUGCCAUAUUUUUAAGCCUCCUUUUAAGUUCGAAACCUUCAAAAGUUCCUUCGAAAGAAGACAAUUGUUUUAAUUUCUAAUAUACAAAAUCGAAUGUAAUACAUUGUAUAACUUAUUUAUGGAAUAUCAAAGACCAGAAAAACAUUUUUAGAAUCGAAAGAAAAACAGAAAUUCAAAUAUAUUUUACAAUAUGUAUCAUCGUAUAACAUUUUUAUAUGUAAUGUAACAUUUUUAUAAAAAUAUUGAUACAUAUCUAAUAUGAAUAAAAAAUAAACAAUCGUCGGAGAAUAUCUAAUGUGAUGUAUUAAUAUACCAAAACCUAAAAAAUAAGAUAAAAAAGAUACUUACUUUUGUGAAACAUCAUUACAUAUCAAAUUCGAUUUCAUCAAAUAUCAUUAUAUCGAAAUCGAUAUAAUGUACGUAUACAAAAUAUAUGAAUAUUUUAAUUUAACUAUUACCUGCAUUUGGGAAAGGGAAUUCAUAAAGACCCUGUCAAAAAUAUAACUGUAAAUAUUUAUUAUAAUAGAUCAUAGAAUAUCGCUAUUAAUAAUUCAUAAACAGAAUGUAACGCAUUCGACUAAAUGCUAUGAAGAAGAACCAAUAAAUUCUUAAGAAAACUAGGAAAUUAAAUGAUUCACUUAAUUAUAAAUAAAAUUAUUAGAAACACCAAUAUAGCAGUCAACACUCCAAUGGCUACCCAUUGUCUCCGAUACUGCUUGUUCAUCUAAUUCAGUAUUAAUUUGUCUGGAUACUGUUUUAAGCGUUCCAAUGCUUUCACCUAUCAUAUCUAGUUGUUCAUCUUGUUGCCUUAUCAUAUCAUUUUGUUGUUGUAACGUGUCAUUCAAAAACUGUCUAUUUGGGCUAUCAAUUUCAUUUUCCAAUUUACUGUACUUUGUUGUGCCAUGAUUGACAGGAACUCGAGCAGGACUGUUAUCCAAAAGUGGCUUGAAAUUAAACUAGUAGUAUUACUUUAACUUCUUCUCGCGUUUGUUCAAUAAAACUUCGUUGAACCGUCAACUCCUUGUUAUCUAUUUUAAACUUUGUCGGAUUUUUUUCUACGAUACGUAUAUAUAUACGGUAUUNNNUCAAGAUCCCAUUCAAUUGACCGUAAGGCUUUCCGCAAUUCGGUAGUAGUCCACUCUAAUUCGUCACGUGAAAUUGGGAUUCCCCCACUCACGGUAGAACUUGUGACAACAACAUCCUGCAAUUCCGUCCAGCGCCCGUAUAAACCGCGGUUCUUAUUUAAGGCCUUACAAACCUCGUCCUUGACGACAAAGAACGGAUUCUCCAGCGUCAUUCCUUCUUUUAAUUUAAAGAGGUGGCCUUUCUCGCCGCCUCACGGCACCCACAGGAAUACGUAUGCGCGAUUUGCCGAUCAUCGGUAGAAAUUCCAAACGAUCUUCACAGAACUACCGGAUGAACGAUGACAAUACUCAAAAUUGACACUUGCUCGCGCUUCACUGUUAUGAUACCACAACGUCGUCGUCUAUUGUGACGUCUGCUUUCAGUCUUUCUGCAGACGACUAUUUAUUCGAUUUUAACGUUCGUGCGCAAACACGCC